CUCCAUAAGAGCUCACACACACACACACACACACACACACACACUCACUCACUGGAGGAGUUAUGGAGCUGCUGACCCGAGUCUUCGGUUCUCUGGCUCUGACCUUCACCGAAGCGUUACGAUCUCUCACUGAACGCUUUCUCACACAACCUGUGUGUGCAACUCUCUCUCACCUGGGGGAGACCGACCUCAGGACGCUGGACGGAGAUGAUCGAGUGUUUAAAGCCAGAGAACUGUGGGAGAGUUCAGGAGCCGUUAUCAUGGCAGUGAGAAGACCGGGAUGAUUCCUGUGCAGAGAGGAGGCGUCUGAACUCUCCUCUCUGAAGGCUCAGUUAGAUGUCAGUGGUGUGUGUCUGUUCGCUGUGGUGAAGGAGAACAUCGGCUCAGAGAUUCGGCACUUCAGACCGUACUUUACUGGAGAGAUAUUCCUGGAUCAGCAGAGAGGGUUCUUCGGGCCUCAGGAGCGCUGGAUGGGCGUCUCUGGGUUCCUGAGAUCUGGCGUGUGGAGCAGCGGAUGGAGGGCGUAUCAGAGAGGAUUCUGGGGGAACGUGAGCGGCGAAGGCUUCAUCUUGGGUGCGGUUUAUGUCAUCGGACCUGGUCAACAGGGAAUCCUUCUGGAGCACCGAGAGAUGGAGUUCGGGGAUAAAGUCAACAAGUCGGACGUGAUUCAAGCCGUUAAACAGAUCAAAACUGAACUAAAAUAAUCCCACACACACUCAAUGAAGCGUACAUGUGUGUGUGUGUGUGUGUGUGUGUAGUUGAUGACAGACUGACUCUAAACUCAGAUGAGGGGUUCGUCUCGAUGGUUUACGCACACACACACAAACCUGUAUCCCUGACAAUAAACACACACUUCUGAACGCA